ACACAAAACUUGAACAAAAAGGGCAAGACAGGUCAUAAUGACGAAAUGAACCAACUAUACCAUAUGAAACACCCCCUUUCCUCCUCCUAUAUAAAGAGUGAUGCUUAACCCUCAUUUUCUCUCUCCUCAUUUAUAUACUUCCUCCGCUCCCCUCUCAAAAAACACCUGCACCCUCACCCUCCCCCUCAUGGGGACCCAAACCACCUUAACCCAACCCAAGCGCAACCCACCAAGGCGGAAAGCCACCCCGCUCGUGAAGCAGAAUUCAUGGUCACCUGACUCAGCCCGAGAAGAAUUAUGGCUCCGUCGCAAAGAACAGAUUGGACGACGUCGUACCAAGAGUCUUACUGACGAGGAUUUGGAAGAACUCAAAGCCUGUUUUGAACUCGGGUUUAGGUUUGACCCGAAUGAAGCUAUCCCCGAUCAGAGGCUAUCCAGUACUCUCCCUGCUCUUGAAUUUUAUUAUGCUGUUAAUAAGAACUACAACGACACCGUUUUGAAGUCCAACAAGUCGUCGUCUUCUUCCUUGUCAACGCAAACUGGUACUGCUUCGUCGUCGGAAAGUGAUCUUUCUCUCUCCUCUCCUAUUGGCAGCCCUCUCAUUAUUUGCCCUGGCGAUGAUCCGAAGACAAUUAAGACAAGGCUGAGGCAUUGGGCACAGGUGGUUGCUUGUUCGGUGAAGCACUCAUGGUGAUGAAGCUGCUUAAAGGGGGGGUUAAUUAGUGUUGUGCAUAACCAGGAACAACAAUAUAGCUUUAUAUUUAGCAAAAUUAACCCAAACAACCUUAGACAAAAUGGAGAUACAUUGACCAGUUUAAUUUUACAUGCCAAACUUAAAUAGUGUUACUAAUCUCAGUUCUCAUCUAUUUUUUCCUUUAUGGCAGAAAGGAAAAACUAUAGUUAGAUAUUAUGUAUCUCUAUUGAUGUGAACCAAAUUUUGGUCAAGUUAUAAUAUCGUAAUUUUUAGUGGGUCUUGAUUUUAAUGGGUUACAUUAUUAUUAUUCUUUCGUAGUGGUUUAAAUUAAUUUUUGAAAAAAAAAAGGAUUUUGAUUUUUAAAAAACCAACAAAAAAAACUUUGAUGUGUGAGGUGGCAAAUAGUGAAAAUGGGUUCCAUUUCAAACAUACAGCUGGGUUUCUGACCUGUUAAAGUGAUUGCUUUGCAUGACUAUGCAAGAUAUUCUGUCAAAUGGAGUAGUACGUAGUAGUAUAAUGUAUAAACAUAGUCGUUCUCA